GCGCCCACCCCGCGCGGCGGCCCCGCGGCCCGGGCCGCGCGAGUAGGUCGCCAUGCGCGAUGCGGUAUGAGGCAGCGGCGCGCCCGGCGGGCCGGCCCCCGCUAGCGGCGCCGCCCCCGCCAUGCGAGCGCCGCCGCUGCUGCUGCUGCUGCUGAUGGCGGCCGCGGGCCUGGCCGUGAGUCCGCUCGCGCGCCUCAACCCCUGGCUGAGCGCGUGCGAUCUGGAGGAGGAGGGCGCGAGCGCGGGCGGCGAGUGCGCGGCGUGCGGCGGCGGCGGCGCGAGCGCGCUGGCGGGGCAGGACGUGCCCGCGCUGUGCGCGCUUGGUGCAGGAACGCGCGCGCGUCGUCUGGCGGCGUUGCGGCUGCGCGGCUGCUGCGAGCGUUCGCCCGCCUCAGCGCUCGACCGCGGCGCGCGCGCCGACGUGCUUGCCGGCGGGCCGCGCUGCGAGCGCACGCUGCGAGACCUCCUAGCCCUGGACGCGUUGGUGGCGCGCGUACAUUGCGAUUUCGUCACCAUCCUUCAGCGCUACGACUGCGACCAGUCCUAUUCUGUUCACACCUGUAACGAAUGCCAGGAGACGUACCGACGCUGGGCGUGCAGCACAAUGGUUCCACUGUGGGUGGAAGAAGGAUCUGAAGACAAUGAGGAGGGUGGGCGGUCACGACGGGCCCCUUCAGAGCAUGGGGCAAGAUGGCGCGCUCGACACCUCGAGCGGGUCGGUCAUUUGGACCGACGGCGCGGCGGCGGCGUGGUAGGCCGCUGGGUCCGCGCCGCCGCCGCGGGGCCUGGUCGACCCCUGGUACGGCUCAAGCCGUGCCUGUCAGUCUGCCAGCUGGUCGAGCAACACUGCCCUUACUUUUUGCCCGCGGACCGCGCACCAGCUUAUCCCACGCAGUAUGCUGGCGAACCCACGUUCCUAUGUCUCGAUCCGCGAAUACCAGAGACGGGUGCUCAGGCGAACAAGUCAAACUACGGGCCUGACGACUGUUGCUACUGGUACUGUGAAGGCCGGCUCUGCUACCACUGCGAGUCUCGGCUCAGCGAGCCAGAGCGGCCCGCAGCAGAGCAGUGCACCCCAGUUGUCGAGCGAACUGCCACCUGCUCUGUGCCAUAUCAGGCGCCGGCCGCCGCCACUUGCCCGAGGCCCGCCCUUCUCGCCCUGGCCCUUCUCACAACCCUAGCUGCUGUCGUGCGGACUCACUGGACAUUUGUACCUCUAGUGAAUGUGCGUGAAUCGAGGUUAUAGUUUUACGUUUCCGUGCGUCGCACCAUCGCGGCCCGCGACCGUCGAAUCGAAACUUUUAUUAGUGAUGUACUUAUGAUAAUAAAUUUCGUGCGAUGACGAUUUCGAUGGCGGGGGACGCGCCUUCUGGUCCUUCGGUCCGGGUGGUGCGGGCCCCCGCUCUUAUAGACUCUAAGUUAAUGUUUGUGUCCGAUUGUUCAAUACUAAACGAAAAAACACCAAUAGUUCUAUAUCGUUACUAAGAUUUCACAUGAAAACUUUUGCCGUUGACGAUGCUCCGGCCAUUAUAAUACAUUUAAUAGUUGAGGUUUUAAUAAAUACAUUUAUAGAG